AAAUAAUUUAAACACGGAAAAUAAAAAUAAAAACGUCUUCCAAAAUGUUGCAGCAAUUAAAAUCUGGGGGAUGUUCAGUGCAAGAACUCUAUGCGCAAUGUAUGAAUCGUGUACAAAAGAUAAAAAACCUGAAUGCCUACAUAACGGUAACAAAUAAAAUCAGUCAAGUGCAGCUAGAAGAAUCUGCUCAGAGAUAUAUGAAAGGGAUUCCCAGACCCAUUGAAGGGAUUCCAGUAGCUGUCAAAGAUAAUUUUUGUACCAAGAACACAAAAACUACGUGUGCUUCAAAAAUGUUGGAAAACUUUUUUCCUACCUACAACGCAACUGUUGUUGAAAGACUACUUGAUUCCGGAGCUAUAUUAAUGGGGAAGACAAACAUGGAUGAAUUUGGAAUGGGAUCAGGAACAACUGAAAGCAUCUUUGGUCCUACUAGAAAUAUAUGGGGGUCUCACAUCAUCCAGGAAUUGAAUCCCAACUUUAAUGAAACAUUCAGUACUCCACCAGAUGAUUUUUUUAUUGCUGGUGGUAGCUCAGGUGGUAGUGCUGUUGCAGUUGCUUCUGGAUCAUGCACAGUUGCACUAGGAUCAGACACAGGCGGUUCUGUUCGGAAUCCCGCGAGCUACUGCGGCGUCGUGGGAUUCAAACCAAGUUAUGGCUCCCUUUCCAGGUAUGGCCUGAUUCCUUUGGUAAAUUCCAUGGACGUUCCGGGGAUUCUAGCGCGGACCGUCGGCGAUUGUCGAUCAGCCUUUGACAUUAUAAAGGGCUGGGAUCCUAAAGAUUCCACUACACUUCAGCGCCCCUUGAAUAAGAGUAAACUGAAACGGGCUUCUGCGAAGCUUAGUAAGUUAUGCGUGGGGAUCCCAAAGGAGUUUUAUUGCCCUGGAUUAUCUUCUGAAGUCGCCGACGCUUGGAGGGAUGUCACGGACCUAUUGGAGAACUGCGGGGUUCAAGUUGUUCAAGUAUCUCUUCCUCACACAUCCUAUUCCAUUGCCUGCUAUUCUGUGCUAAAUCCUUGUGAAGUGGCGUCAAAUAUGGCACGUUAUGACGGAUUGCGAUAUGGCUAUCGCGCGACGGGUAAAAACCUGAAUAGCACGGAGAGCCUUUACGCGGCCACCCGAUCACAGGCUUUUAAUCAAAUUGUGCGUGGGCGAAUUUUGGCCGGAAACUACUUUUUGUUAAAAGAGAACUACCAGAAGUAUUUUGUUCAGGCCAUGAAGCUCCGCAGAUUGAUAUACGAAGAUUACAUUAAAUUGUGGAGUACGGGUGUCGAUUUGUUAUUGACUCCCGUAACUUUGUCGGAUGCACCAUUGUUUUCAGAAUUCAACCAAAAGGAUUCUCGUGCUCAAUCUGCAGACCAGGACUACUGCACGCAACCUGCAAACAUGGCUGGAAUACCAGCCUUGAGUCUGCCCGUUAGACUGUCGAAGCGAAACUUACCACUGAGUAUUCAAUUGAUGGCACCUCAUUUUGACGAUGAAACGCUGCUAGAUGUAGCUGAACUCCUCGAAAAAGAGCUCACUUUUCCCCAACCGAUUGUUAAAGAGGCAUGAGACGAAUUUUUUCUUCCUAGAUAUUAAAUACAUACAAGAAAGUCAUAAA